UCUUCUCUGCCCAGGUCGGGCCAGGAUCUGGAAUAGCUACAACUGAGUCUGAAUACGUCACAGAUUCCAGAAUGAAUGGAACAGAAACCUUCCGAAGUUCCUCUAGCAGCCCACAGCCCUCUAUGCCUGAUCAGGUACACUCAGAGGCCGAAGGGGAGGACUGGACACCAGCAGAAGCGUUUCUUUUCAGCGGAGACCCCACCGUUUUGGAGUUGGGUGAGUGUACUCGGGCAUACAGUCUCAACAGGCAAAUGAGCACACUGCCUCUGAAUUUCUACACCCCCCUCGGGCCGGCCAUGGAUGCACUGGUUAAUACAGCCAACUUCCUGAACAUGAUUUUCCAAGCCAGUGACUUGCGAGAAAGCAGUGUUAGAGAAGACAUGGAGUGGUACCAUGCCCUGGUCCGAUCCCUCCUGGAGGCUGAUCCUAUUAUCCGCCGUGCGAUACUCACCUUUGAUGCUGACCCCGCCUCCCCUGUCCCACAGCUGUUGCUCCGUGCUUCCCGAAGCUCCACCCCAAAAGUUCAGUUAAUUCUCCUCCAGGACCUAUCAAAUGCUUGGGAGAGCCUGCAUCCUCCGGCCCCAGCUCCAGAUGACAGUUGGUUCACCAGCUUCAAGUUUCCCUCCAACAAUCAGCCUGCCCCAGCCCUGUCCAAACGGGUGCUUCUCAAUGACCUUAACACCUUAGACACACCAAAAUGGGUUCAAGGGGACAGCUAUGUCACAAAUCGAACUGGAGUACGUUGGGGGGAUGUCCCCUACCUGGAAUGUGAGGAUGGACGCUUUCUACCUGGGUGGCUGGUCACUCUCUCUACUUCAUUCUAUGGCCUCAAGCCUGACCUCACCCCAGAGUUCAGGGGGGUUAUCCGUGUGGAUGUAAAUAUACAGGACUUUGAUGUGGACCAAUGUGCCAUGGGUAAUGGCUGGUUUGCCAACACACACCAGUGCAACCGCACGACUAUGAAGUGUGAGCCAAUCCCAGGCAAGGGAUUCCAGUUGGGGCAGUACUGCUGCCGCUGCAAAGAUGGAUACUACAGUCCUCCAAUUGACAAUCAGGACACACGUAACAACAGUUCUGGCAGUGGCAGGGGUGGUGGUGGUACUGUGUGUUACCCUAUCCUGCCCAUCUGUCUGCCCUGCUGGCCUGGCUGCAGGCGCUGUGAGGAUGGUGCCCCCUGCUGGGUACAGGAGGACUGGUUCCUAAGGGCAGUUGUGCUGGCAGUCCAAGGCUUCUUCAUGUUACUGGUGUUUAUCAGCAUGCUAGUGGCCUACCAGUUCCGACGGAGCAGGAGGAUACGAGCAUCGGGUCUCUUGCUAUUGGAGACAAUCCUGUUUGGCUCUCUGCUCCUGUACUUCCCAGUUUUCAUCUUGUAUUUCAAGCCCAGCAUUUUCCGUUGCAUCCUGCUCCGCUGGGUUCGAAUGCUGGGAUUCGCUAUUGUAUAUGGAACGGUUACACUAAAGAUGUACCGGGUGCUAAAGGUGUUCCUCUCCCGCACGGCACAAAGAGUGCCCUACAUGUCCAGCACUCAUCUGCUGGGGAUGCUGGGAAUAAUGGUGAUGACUGUCAGCUGGUUCCUAUGCGCAUGGACUGUUGGUGUUCUACAGAAUCGUAACCGCAAUGUCCCUUUGCUGAUAACCUCCACAACAUCAGAUGGGCAAGACUUCAGCCUGUGUGACCUUGAUCGUUGGGACUACAUGAUGGCAGUAGCUGAACUGCUUUUUCUGUGCUGGGGCAGUUUCUUGUGUAGUGCAGUGAAGCCAGUUCCCUCCGCCUUCCACGAGCCUCGCUACAUGGGCAUAGCCAUUCAUAAUGAGUUGCUGCUUUCAUCCAUGUUCCACCUGCUCCGGUUUGUCCUGCCCUCUCUACAUCCUGAUUGGGUGCUGUUGCUGUUUUUUACCCACACACAUGUCACAAUUACUGUAACCCUGGCUCUGCUCUUUAUACCCAAGUUCAUCCAUGUUUCAAGGCCAGGGAGAGAAGAGAUUGCAGCAGAGGUGUAUGAAGAGGAGGUGGACUUGCGACGCUCUGGCUCAUAUCUCAACAGCAGUUUUACCUCUGCUUGGAGUGAUCACAGCUUGGACCCCGAUGACAUUCGGGAUGAAUUGAAGAAAUUAUAUGCCCAGUUGGAGGUCCACAAGACCAAAAAGGUGACAACUAACAACCCUCAUUUACAGAAGAAGCGCAGCUCUCGUCGUGGACUUAGCAGGUCAAUUAUAAAGCGAAUCACUGAGAUCCCAGAAUCCCUGAGUAGGCAAUGCAGCCGCGAAGACAAAGAGAAACCCUUCAUUAGCAGAGGCCUUUCCCACACUGAAUCAUGUAAAAAGACGUUAGAAACCAUGAGUGUGAAUUACAAGGAUGAAUCAGUAUGGCAGCCUUCACCGGUGCUGCGUAAAUCCCAGAGUGAACAUGACUAUGUUAGGGACAAAGACCAUUUAUUGCAUGACUCAAUAAUGAGGGCCAAUUUAGCAAAAAGGGCAUCCCAACGUUCUGAGACUGACUCAUUAGACACAGCCCCAUUGGUCUAUAAGUCAGCAAGUGCUCACAACCUCACAGUAGACAGCAAUCUCCUGUAUCCUGAUCACAACAAGCUCCAUAAAUCACUGAGUCUAACUUCCAGUAAGGCUCACAGUCUUGAGGACACAUUCCGGGUAGGCACAGAUAUCUUAAAUAUGCAGAUUAAGUCCAAGCUGGAAGUCACAAUAAAGGACCAGACGACAGGUGCUCUCCAGUCUCUGUCCUUUGAUAAAGCAGAGAUCUGUCCCUGGGAGCUGGAGGAACAACGGCCUACUGACAAGAGCCAGAAGCAUGUUACCUAUGCUUUGUCUCAUAGCACUGAGUCAAAGAGCCCAGACAGUUCAUCGUCACCAUUAGCACAACAUAUUUGCCCCUGGGAUCAUUUGCCACCCCCUCCUCUUGCAUUGUGCACUACUGGGGAGCCAUGCAAAGACAUGGAUGAUAGAGAAUGUGAAUAUCCUGGGCCCCAGGGUCCUAUAUUGCGUAGUGCGUCAGGUUCUCCAAUGUCAGACCAGGAAACGACUGCAAAGGAGCAACGGGUCUUCUCUUUCCGUACAUCCACCCAAAAGUGGCUCUCUGUGAAAGCAUUCAUAGGAUCUGUUGAUGGAAGCCUCAAAGAAAAAAACAGAAAGGAUGAAAAAGUAAAGGUCAGGACAGACGACUCGAUUUCACUAAAAGGUCAGGACAGUGUAGGCGCAGGACAAAAUCCUUGUAGCAACCCAAGUGUAGAGCGAAAGACGCAUAAAAAAAGAAGCAUGACAAUAGACACAAAACCUUGUCUCGUGAAACAGGCUGCAAUCAGACUAUCCUCAUGUGAUUCCUCAGAAAGAAGUCCAAGGAGAAUUGUGAUUGUAAAGUCUGGUGGUUAUCCUUGGGACUUAGAGGACAUACAAAAGGAUGGCAUGUAUGAAAACGUUUUUGUGUCCCGGCAAAACAGUACACACAGCACCAACGAAAUGUCCAGAAAAGCUAGAACUCCUUUAGUGCACAGAGUAGGUGGUAACAGAAUUAUGCCUACUAUAGGUGUUUCCUUUGGGGAUGUUUGCCCAUUAGAUGUCCCUGGUCCCUCCCAUAAAUCACCACAAAGAGCACAGAGUACAAUAACAGAUAUUUGCCCUUGGGAGGUGGAAGAAGCACAGCUAUCUGAACGUGCCAGUGUGUGUCCAUGGGAAUCGCAAGAGGAGGUGGUGCUCAAGAGACAGGACAGUGUCCGUGGUGAUGUGUGUCCUUGGGAAUCAACACCCACAAACACCUCAUUCUGUCAACCAUCCCAGCAGAAAUCUCAACUACUUAACCGAAGAGCCCAAACCAUAUGUCCUUGGGAAAUCUCAGAAACCUCAAUCUCAGCAACAUCAAAAACUAAACUGAGUCUACAUUUGGACUCUCCUAGGGAUAAAAGGAAAUACCUCACAAAAGUUGAUGAUAUUUAUGAAAAUGUCAGACCAAAAGAGAGUAAGAAUUUACCUGAGACACCAGAAACACACGAGACUGUAAGAGUUAAUGUCUGUCCGUGGGAAUUAGAGAAUAUAUCAACUGAUUUGAUUGAAAAUGGUCAAACUAACAAAACAACACCACAUAAAACUGACACAGAAUUAACUGUAUCUAAUUUGUCAAAGCAGAAAUCAGAAGCCAACCAAUGGGAUUUCCCUGAACCGCCUCAAAACUUUCCAUGUAUUAAUUCUUGGGAAGAAGAGAACUCAAAGUUAUCCCUAACCAACCUAACAACCAAAGAAUAUUUUUCACAUGAGACCCCUGCCCAAAAGACUGACAUUUGUCUGUGGAAAUCUGGAGACCAAGCCAAAUCUCAAGAAAGACAUGGUGCCUGUGAAGUAAACCUUUUUCCUGAAACUAAUGAACUAGAAAGACACGACAACAGUCCAAUAGAUGUAUGUCCAUGGGAGCCUGGCGACACAGAUAAUCCAAUUCAAACAGAAACUACGAAAGCAAAUAUUUGUAAGGAAACAGCAAAAAAUAAUACAGAGGAUGACACUCAAACAAAUAUUGGUCUGUGGGAAAGAGAGGAUCUAGAAAUGUCAAAAGAACAUACAAAUAAAUCUAUAGAAACAGAGACUCAAAGUAGCACUGAGGUUCUCUCAAAAGAAGAAGAGAGACCAGGAAAACAAGACUGUACUCAAGUACAUGUUUGUCCUUGGGAAACUGAUGUAUUUGAAAAGACGGAGGAGAAACAAAGUGUCCAUGUCGAAUUGUGUCAUAUGGAGAGUGGAAAUGUUCAUACUGAAAACUAUAAAAGACAAGAUUCACUUAUUCAAUCAAAUGUAUGUAAUUUGGAGACACACAUUAUCAAAGGAGACACAAGUAUAAAGAGACAAGAAAGUAACAUUUGUCCAUGGGAAACUGUAGAACCAUUAAAGACAGAGGGGAGAGAUGGGGUUCUGACUUAUGUUUCCAGCGGACCAGAAAAGACAAAAAGAGAAAACAGCACUUGUGUAGAGGUUUGCCCAUGGGAGACUAUGGAACCAGAGAAGAGGCAGAUUGAUGUUUCUAAAGACACCCAAAACAUAAACAGACAAGACAGCACCCGAGUAGAUGUUUGUCCCUGGGAAACCGAAAAUCCAGAAAUAAAAAAAAGAGAAGACAGCAUCCGAGUAGAUGUUUGUCCUUGGGAAACUGAAAAUCCGGAAACAACAAAAAGACAAGACAGUGGUCGCAAAUGUAUAUGUCCUUGGGAAACUGCUGAGCCAAUAAGAGAAUACAACACUCAUGUAGACAGUUGUCUUGAGGAAACUACAAAAACCAAGACUAUAAAAAGACAAGAAAGCACUUAUACAGAACCAGGGACAAAGAAUACAGACGUCUCCAGACAACCUGAACACAUAAAACAAGACAGCAGUAAAGUAGAUGUUUGUUCAUCCAAAAUUGAAGAACCAUCAGAAUUCACAGAGGAUGUCAUACAAAUCCAGGCAACUUCUUCUAGUGAUGAGAUAGACAAUGGACAGCUUGCUGAAAGAAUGCAAGAAGUGGUGGAGGUUAAAGCUAAUAUACCCUUGGCUCGGCGUGAUGCUCUUUGUCCUUGGGAGAUGGAAGAGACUAAACCCGGCUCAAUUUCAGAGCAUGAUUGUGGCUCAGAUGUUUUUACAUGGGAGCCUGAGGACAUUCAAGAAGAUGAAGAGGACGAUGCAGAGUUUGCUGCAGAGGCCUUUGUCUUCCCAGAUGACUUGUAGACCAGUUAGUACUUGGUGACAUCAAGUAUGGUUUCUGAAGGGAUGCAAAUUAAUUAAAUAAAUCAACAUGGAAAGUGAUUCCCUCAUACCAGAAGAUUACAAUUGAAUUAGUGAAAUGUGUUGGACCAACUACACUACUUACAGUGCUCCCUCUGCAAUGUGUAGGGCCAACCCCCGACACUCCCUCAGCCAACAAAGCAGGGUAGAAACCAAGUUCUCAAUGAAAAAAGUAUUGAAUGCAGUUAAUUUCCUACUUAAUCCUUCUUAAAAUUGUCUUUUAUGCGUGUUUGAGUGAUUCGAUUAUCAUCGGAAACAUUCAGUUAACCCCUCCUUGUGGGGUCCAUUAGCUAUUUCAAAUAGUACAAAGUGAGUGAGUGUUGCGAAACAAUAUUAAAAUGUUUUGACACACAGGGAAAAAAACAACCAAACUGCCAGCCCCAAUUGGUUAACUUGAAAGCUCAUACCGUUUUAAAUGUUGUAAACAAAUGAUGUAAUGGUGGCCUAUGUCCAACUUUGUAUCUAAAUUAUGAAAUUUCAAGUUAACAGUCUUGCUGUUGCAUCAAAAUGAAUACUUGAUCAAUUAGAAACCAAGAGUUUGUGACAACAAUUUAAAUAUUACAAAUAAAUGUAACUUUACAAAACACAAUAAAUAUAAAAUAAUGUUUAUAAUAUAACUGAAAACUAACCAUAAUCCUUGAGUGCAAGAUAAAAAUGGCUAUAUAUAAUACAAUACAAAUAAAAAUAUUGGAGGAACUGAAGCCCUAUUGACAAUUGUUGUACAUGUUGGGGGGGGGACUAUGUUGGGACCAUGCAGUAAACAGCAGCUACAUGUUUUGUCAAAUUGGUGGAGAAUUUAACAAAAUUAAAUCUUAAAAACAUUGGUACAUUAGUAACAAUACUAGUCUAAAUGAAUUACGUACUGAAUAAGUACUGAUUAAGCUCAUUCUGUGAUUCUUAUCUUAAAGCAUGGCCCCAUUAUUUGCUGUAGACCACAUUUUGUGACAUUUUUGCAUGUUCUAGUGUUGUUGAAUUGAUGUGCUAAAUAAAUCCAAUACCUAUAUCUUCUUCUUUUUUUUAUGUAAACAGAGAUACAUGUUGGGAUAUCAGUUAUUUUUUAUAUGAUUUGGGAUUGAAAUAUGAUUUAAAUACAGAUUCACUCAAAAAAAUUAAAAG